UGUGUGUGUGUGUGUCUGUAGCCUGUGUGUGUGUGUGUCACUCACAGCCUGUAUGCAGACCCGUCACUAACAGUCAGUCUUUUUCCACUUCCUCUCCACCUGAAAUAAGGAUGGAGGGUGGAGGUUUUUAGCCCAGGAUGUGUUUUUGGGUCUCAGUGAGGUUUUUAUGGGACUGAGUUCCGACUGGACUCGGGCGGCCGUCAUGUCACCUGAUGUUACCGAGUCGUAAUCUGUCGUGUGUCAGUGAGAAGACCUCGUUCAGAAUCACAAGCGUUUUAAAUGUUUUAAAUGAACUUUUCUUCGCCCAGCAGCACGUCCAGAUGAGAUCACAUCUGGACGGCUGAAAAGUGAGUUUAGCAGAGUGUUGGAGGACGUUACAGACAAGAGACGCUCGGCUCAAAGCCCAUGAACCGCCAUCACGCGGCGGCCAUUUUCCUCCGUCUUCACGCUCAGACUGGCUUCUGACAAAUUCAUAUCAUCAUCUCACCGAUUUUCCCAAUUGAUCAGCAAGUAAAACGAUAACAGAUGGUGACAGUCAGGAAGGACAUUGGGCCAAAUUUCAAAAUAAACUUUAUUUUUAUUUUUAUACUUUAAUGAGGAAAACAGCAGGAAGCAACACAUCUGCUGGGGACUAUUUCCAGCAGCGGAUGAAUCUGCAUUCGGUCCUGUCUGAAUAAACUGUGUGUGUGUGUGUGUGUGUGUGGACGAGCAACAGUGAGGCUCACUGGUGUGUUUUAAAGGAAGGAAUCGGGCUGUGAUCCACGCAGGCUGUGAGGACGAACGUUCGCUGUUGGUUUCACACCCAAAAUGAAGAAUAUUUCUCCAUGUGACAGGAAACAUGCUGAAGUGUCCCUUUAAGUGGGCCCCCAGAGGCUCCUUCAGUCUGAAGCUGUCAGUCAUGUGUGUGCGGUGUGUUAAUCAGCUGUUUCAGUGUGUGUGGAACAAAGCUGUCAUGACACACACCUGAUAUUAUCUCAGCAAUAAUAAGACGUGUUAGUGUCUGCAGGAGGCCAUGAACGCAACGCGAGUGUGUGUGUGUGUGUGUGAGUGUGUGUGUGUGUGAGUGUGUGUGUGUGUGUGUGUGUGAGUGUGUGUGUGUGUGUGUGUGUGAGUGUGUGUUACCGUCUGGUAUUAGUGCAGCUGACAGCGUGACGGCUACCUGUGUUCCCAUAAUGCCAGGCUUUGCACUGUGAGUGUGUGAUGAGACGACUGUGAUUUAGCAGAGUGACGAACACAGCAGUCAUUAACACACACACACACACACACACUCUGUGCCUCUUGUUGCUGCCUGAUGACUAAGUUGUCAGUCGUCUUUUCCUCUUUGUUCCAGUCAGCAGCUCCUCAUCAACCGAAGAUGAUGGAUGAAGAAGCCACCAAGCGUUACUGUCGGAUGAGUGAUGACAGACAGGAGCAAGCUGAGCGAGGGAGUAAAGUUCAGGUCAGUCAGGAGAGAGAGAUCACAGUUCUGCCUCGGAGGAAGACACAUGAACUGGACGACACCACAGAGAUGGCAGCGUCCAACUCGGCCUCAUGCUGUUCGUCUUGUAUCCGUCUGAAGGACAGAUGUCCUCGUCCGCAGGGACUCGUCAACCUGCUCAUCACCAAAGUGUGUCUGUUCGCUCUGCUGUUCGGAGUCGUCUGGUCCAUCACAGGAAGUGAGUGUUUACCUGGAGGGAACCUGUUUGGCGUCGUCAUCCUCUUCAUCUGCUCUGUGCUGGGAGGGAAGCUGGUGGGGAUGAUCCAGCUGCCCACGCUGCCCCCCUUCCCUCCACUGCUCGGUAUGCUGCUGGCAGGGCUGCUGCUGCGUAACGUUCCCUACGUCACCGACGCCGUCUUCAUCAACACUCACUGGUCUGCAGCCCUGAGGAACAUCGCCCUGUCAGUCAUCCUGACCAGAGCCGGACUGGGCCUCAACCCCUCAGCUUUGCGUCGUCUGAAGGCGGUGUGUGUGCGCCUUGCAAUCGGCCCGUGUGUGGUGGAGGCCUGCACCGUUGCUUUGGUUUCUCAUUUCCUGCUGGGUCUGCCCUGGGUCUGGGGCUUCAUACUGGGUUUUGUCUUGGCUGCAGUGUCUCCCGCCGUGGUCGUCCCGUCCAUGUUGCUCCUGCAGAGAGAAGGAUACGGCGUGGAGAAGGGAAUCCCCACCCUGCUGAUGGCUGCUGGGAGUUUUGAUGACAUUCUGGCCAUAACAGGGUUCUCCACCUGCCUGGGAAUCGCCUUCUCUACAGGUUCUACGUGGAUGAACAUACUGAAGGGUCUUCUGGAGGUGGUGGGAGGAGUCAUAGCUGGACUGAUCCUGGGUCUGUUCUUGUGCUACUUCCCCAGCAAAGACCAGGAGGACCUGGUCUUGAGGAGGACUCUCAUGCUGUUGGGUCUGUCCAUAUUUUCAGUCUUCUUCACUCAUGUCAUUGGUUUUGCCGGAGCUGGUGGUCUCUGUACGCUGGUCUUGGCCUUUCUGGCUGCUCUGGGCUGGAAGGCUGACAAGGUCCCGGUGGCAGCCAUGGUGGGUCGAUCCUGGGAUGUGUUCCAGCCGCUCCUCUUUGGACUGAUAGGAGCAGAAAUCUCCAUAGCAAACCUCAGCCCGAGCACAGUGGGUUUGGGUCUGGCAUGUGUCGGUAUUGGUCUGGUGAUCCGCCUGCUUGUCACCUUCCUGCUGGUUCAUUUCGGAGGAUUCAGCCUGAAGGAGAAACUCUUCAUCUCUGUGGCCUGGCUGCCUAAAGCCACUGUACAGGCUGCUAUUGGCUCCAAGGCGUUGGACAUGGCGAGGGAGGAGGGGAACGAGACCUUCAUUAAGUUCGGACUGGACGUGCUAACGUUAGCUGUGUUAGCCAUCCUGACCACAGCUCCGAUCGGAGCGCUGGGUAUCGGACUCGCAGGACCCCGCCUCCUGGUCCGGCAGGUCACAGCAGAUGAGGCAGAAGGCGGAGCCACAAUUCCAAGCAACAGUGGGAUUGGUCAAGAAAAAGACAAUGUAACCCUGGAGAGCAAGCUGUGAGCCUUCUGAUUGGACAGACAAAAGACAGCUGCACAUCGUGUACCUGAAGUUACCUUUUCUUGUUUCAGAAAUGCUGUUUAAAAGGUCUUUGCUGUGUUUCUUUUUGGCAUUGAAGUCACCAGCUGUGGCUCUUCAGAAAACAUUUCAAACAGACGACAAGUUAGGAAUGAUAUAAAAAUAACUAAAUCGGUUAUGACUAAAUUACAAAGUAAGUACAAGUCAAAGAAUGACAUCCUCAGUCAAAAUUAUGAGAAUUAAGUCAAAUACUUGUUCCUGUUAUUGAUUCAUUAUGUCUGAGAUGACUCUCAUAAAUUAGAUAAAUUAGUUAAAAAUGCUGAUGUUUCUGAUGUCAGUCACUCAAACAGAUUUGCUCUGCUGUGAGAAGACAGCAGUCGCCUUUGGAUGAACUCACUGCUCAUUGGUCUGUCGGAGCUGACGGGUGGAGCAGCUGCUGGUGUAGCAUGUGGUGUCAGGAGCACAUCCAAAUCAUAUGUGUAGUUACUCUGCCCGCCAGAAGGGGGAGACAAAGGCUCCUCACUGCAAGUUGAACAUAAGUUUCAUUUAUUUACCACUUUAUUUAACUCAAUCAGUUAGUUAAGACAAUACUCACUUUAAUCAACAGAAAAUGAUUAGAAAUCAAUAACUGUAAUGUAACUGAUCACAUUUAUUCAAAAACUGUACUACUUUUGCUUAAAUGAACUUUUGAAUGCAUAGUUACUAGAGUCAGAUUGUUGUUAAGUACAAGAUAUGAGUCUCAUUGCUGUCCACUAAUCGGUUCAGUGUCCCUGAUUGACAUCUGAAUUCAGUCACAAUAAAGUCAGAUCACGUCUUUCAUGCUGCCUCAGCACAGAUCAGUGGAGACGCUCCUCAUUUCUGGUCAUUGUUCUUCACAAGCGUCUGCGGCGGGCGAUCGGAUCAACAGUCGCUUUGAGUCAUCCAUGACUCAAAUGAAACUUUUGUCUGGUUUGUGCACUCGGUCGAAGACCACAUGUGAAGAAGAACCACAAGCAGAGAGGAGACCUGAUGGCCUCUCAUCAGUUCAGAACAGCUUUGAUUGACAUAAGAUCAAUAGAUGAAGCCAAUCAGCUUCAGAGCUGUGGAUCAGAAUCACGUCAAAUAUAAAUCAAAAUAAGAGACUGAUGUGUCAAAGUGUGCAGUUUCUCAGAGACACAGUCAGUCAUCAAUUCAUAUCAUCAAUUCAUAUCAUCAAUUCAUAUCAUCUGCUGUUCAGCUCACC